CUCUAGCUAGCGUUCAGACGCUUCUCACGCCCGCAACAAAAACAUAGAGAGAGGGAGGGAGGGAGGGAGGCACCUUCCGCUUCAAGCCUCCUCCUCCUCCGAAUUCAGCAACCUCCGCACCGCACCACCCCGCCAUACCCUGCGGAGCCACCCAUCUCAAAAGCAAGCAAGCAGCGUGCAUGCAGAUGCAGUGCAGCUAGCAGAAGCGCCUAAAGCCACCGCCGCCACAUGCCCAGGCCGGUACGCGCGCACCAUUUAUCUUCCCCUUCCCCCAGCCAUUGCCGAGCUCGGGACGCUACGAGAUCGCGGCGUCGACAAGGGUGACCAGGAGGAAGGGAAUGUCUGAACCGGCCACGCAAUGCAGGGGAAAUGGGGGCGGCGGCGAGGGCGGCGCCGGCGGCAUGAGAACGGUGGAGUGCCUCAGAGGGAGGCUGCUCGCCGAGCGGGUGGCGUCCAAGGCGGCCAAGGAGGAGGCCGACCAGCUCGCCGCCAGGUUGGACGAGCUUGAGAAGCAGCUCUCCGACGAGGUCAAGAUCAGGGACAAGGCGGAGCGGAGGCUGAGGAGGGUCAUCAAGAGGCUCGAGUCCCUCAAGAUUCUGGAUGUGGGGAGCUCCAUCGGCUCGCUCUCCUCCAACUCCAACGGCUGCUCCGGCCAACAGGCGGCGCCGGAGAUGGAGGAGAGGAGCGGCCCUGCAGUGUCGCUGAGCACCGUCGAUUCGGUGUUGUCAGACCCUCGCGCCGGCGGCGAGGACAAGGGAUGGGACGGCGAGAGCGUGAAGGGCUCCUCGGCCGGUUCCUGCACUCAGGCCAACUCCUCCCAGGACGGGAGCUGGUUCUCCGUCGUGUCCGAGCAGUCCGGCUCUGGCGCCUGCAAGGCGGAGGAGAGCCGCACGGAGGAGAACUCUGACGACGCCGACAAGUGCUGUUCCGGUGACGGCGCUGGUGACGUUGAUCGUGAUUCAGCGAGGGAAGAAGAAGCUCCUGCGGCGUCCAGCGGCUCGUCAAAAUCCGAAGCGAGCUACCGGGACGGGGAGGACGACAGGCUCGCGCUGGUGCUGGUGGAACACCCGCACUACAGCGCAGAGGCGGCCGAGGCCGAGGAGAAGGAGAAGGACGAGCUCGCCAUGGUCCUGGCCGACCCCCAGCCGAGCGUGGGCGUCGGUGGCGGCGACGACGUGCAGUCGGUCCUCCUGGCGCUGCGGCAGGUCAAGGAGCAGCUGCGCUACACCAUCCAGAGGAGGAGGUCUGAGGGGCUUGUCGCGCACCGAGAGCUCUACGGCCACUGACUCAGCCUCGCCUGCUCUCAAGAGCAUAACGAGAAGCGGAAGCUGAAGUGUGCUGCACUUGCACUUGCAGUGGUGUAUUUAUCUACAGCAUUGGGAGUAUAUUUGGUGGAAUAAAGGUUCUACUGGUGUGAGGCGUUGUAAUGGCGGUAUAUAUAUUUAUAUAUAAAAAGAAGUGAAUUCCCUAGGCUGUUUA